AUGUCCUCCGUAACCGACGAAUACCUAGACGGCCAGCUCACCGAUAACGAAGAUGUGUUCCCCUGCAAGGGAUGUGGAGAGAUUCUCGAGGAAGGAAAAGCCUUUGAGCUAGCUGGCAACCGAUGGCAUCUCGACUGCUUCCGCUGCAACUCGUGCGGUACCCUCCUCGACUCGGAUGCCAAUCUCCUCCUCCUUGGUGACGGCUCCCUCAUAUGCAACAAUUGCACAUACACCUGCAGCGCCUGCAAUAACAAGAUCGAAGACCUGGCCAUCCUCACCGGUGACCAGGCCUUUUGCUCUACAUGCUUCCGCUGCCGCAACUGCAAGCGCAAGAUCGAUAACCUCCGCUAUGCCAGGACGUCGCAGGGCAUCUUUUGCAUGCAAUGUCAUGAGACGCUAAUGGCUAGAAGGCGGAAAAAGUCCAAGGCUGCCGCGGCCAACAAGAGUCGAGACUUGACGGCCCAGUUACCAGUCAUCACAGAAAAGUCGCUUCCCGCACUGCCCCCCAAUGUGAUACCCAACAACGCCUUCUCGGACGAGAGGGUCGAUCCCGAGCCCGACACUCCUACAGACAUCUCGCCACGCCCUCGCGGCAGCCACCGACACACCGACUCGAGGGGACCAUCGGCAAGAUCCCCUGAACGCCAGCAGAGGUCCGAAGGCCUCGGCUUGUCACACGCCCGCAACGACCAGGGCUCGACCGUCGUCGGCAACGACAGCUCGGGUGACGACGGCUUCUUCAUCCCCGUCGCCUUGGAUCCGAGCCCAGCCCCGAGCCACACGGCCACUAUGGGAGACUCUUCCCGAAAGGAGCAGCUGCUCCCCAAGUCGUCAUUCGCCGACAAGCGCUCCGAUUCGCGCACCUCGACACCUCACAUCGCCUUCCAAGAGAAUGGCCGCCAGCAUUCCGACCACAGCCUGAAACAGUCGGGGUCACUGACGCGCAGCCUCUCGAAGCAAUCCAAGGGUUCCCAGAAGUCGAAGCAGUCGCCCGACGAUCACAGGUCUCAAGAUGUUUCGGCCGUCAAGAAGUCUGGCGUAUCACCUAGCGACAGCUCGUCUUCCUCUCAGGUCGAAUCACGGAAGACGAGCGAUGACACUACACCGCAGGAAAGCCGUAGAGAGUCGGGGGGGGCCACGUCAAAGUCGACACCUCGACCGGAAAAUACCAGGGCGAUCCAGAGGAAGCAGCUACCCAAGGACAGUCCCACGGCGGCCGUCAUGGCUGAGCAGAGUAACUCUGGCAGCUUUAUGCAACCUCGGGCCGCACCCGCCGCACCUGUCGCCAACAACAACGCCAACAGCAAUAGCAAUAAGAAGGAGGCCGCAGAUGGGUCGGAGCCCAAGACGUCGCCCAAGCUGCCUAGAUGGAGCAGCGGGGGUGACUUCACUCUGGACGAAGACAUGGCUAGGAUCAUGGGCUCCGACCAAACGUCGUCCUUCAUGAUGAAGCGCGCCUCCAACGCGACCAGACACGGCCGCACCGCCAGCGUCGAGUCAGCAGCUGCACACCCGUCGCGAAGCGGCCACAGCCGAAGUGUCAGCGAUACAGCCGGCAGCUCCGUGUCCGCCCAGUGGCCCGAGCUUGGAACGGCCGAUGUCGACAUGGAUGAGGAGAGCGACCAGGUGCCCGAGAUGGCGACGCCGGUCUCCACCUCUCCAGACGAGGAUCCUGCUGUCCUGAGACGCCAGCUGAGAAGUUCGGAGCAGCGCGUGGCAGACCUCGAGAGGCAGUUCAACUCGGAGCAUGACCUCAAGAACCUCAACAAGAAGCUGAUUGAGAAGAGGAAGACGGUAUCGGUCCUCGACACGCAGACGGAGAUCAUGAUCCGCCAGCUCGAGGUCCUGGCAGGCUACGUCGAGAAGGGCAAGGACACCAAGGCACCCCUCGACCCCCGUCAGCUCGAGGAGUCGGCCAUCAAGGAGUUUGUCCAGAAACUGGAGAGCGUUCAGGUGUCCCUGUCGGAGGAGAUCGAGCAGCUCCACGAGGAGCGCGACAGGCUCCUGGAGGAGAAGAACAACGCGCUGGCCGACAGGGACCGGGCCCUGGUCGAGUUCGAGCAGCUGUCGUCUAAGAAUGCGCAGCUCGCCGAUAUGAACAACGACCUCACGCACCAGCUCCAGGAGCGUUUCAAGAACAGCUCCAUCGAUCCCAGGGCGCUCAACGGCCUGGGUAUCUACAGCGAGGGCAAGCACGGCACCGCAUCGUCCAUCAACCUGGACUCGUCGAGCACGACGACGGGGCCGACGUUGGUGGCAGCCGACGAGGACGGCUACGUCGAGUCCGGCCCGACUGUGGUGCAGGUCCGCAAGGGCCAGGUGAAGAAGUUCAACUGGAAGAAGGGCUCCAAGGGCUUGGCGCAGAACGUGGCCAAGGGCGUUAACAGGGCCGUUGUCGCCUUCCAGCAGAACGACCGCGGGGAGCGCAUCCCUGCGACCAUGUCGGGCGGCGACAUUGGCAUGCCAUACAACACGACGGUGACGGCCAUCGAGGCGCCGCCGCUGAACAUGGGUCAGACGCCACAGUCCAACAGCGCCAACAACAUCCACGGCGGCGUCGUCGUCAACGGCUACAACAACCAGGCCCUGAAGCCCGGAGAGCACGGCCGCCAGGGCUUCGGCUUCUUCAGCAAGAAGCACACGAUGCCCAAGUCGCCCUCGGCCAUGAACGUGACGACGGCGCCUGCCACCGCCGACGCGUCGACGACGUUGUUCGGGUCCGACCUGACGGAGCGCGCCGACUUUGAGCGCCGGCAGAUCCCCAGCGUGGUGACGCGCUGCAUCGAGGAGGUGGAGCUCCGCGGCAUGAAUCAGGAGGGCAUCUACCGCAAGACCGGCGGCAACUCGCAGGUCAACGCCAUCAAGGAAGGGUUCAACAAGGACGAGGACUUUGACAUUUCCGACCCGGACAUGGACAUCACGGCUGUCACGAGUGUGCUCAAGCAGUACUUCCGAAAGCUUCCGACUCCCCUCCUCACGUACGACGUGUAUGACAGGGUGCUCGAAUCGAACGGCGAUAUUGUAGGUGUCGCCGACGAGACCGAACGCUGCAACCACCUACGCAGGACGUUUGCCACUCUGCCAGAGAGGCACCGUGACUGUCUUGAGUUCCUCAUGUUCCAUCUCGACCGCGUGGCCCAGCGACAGAGUGAGAACCUGAUGACUCCCAAGAAUCUGGCCGUGGUAUUCGCUCCUACUCUCAUGUUCGACCGAAGCAUCGAGCGUGAGAUGACGGAUAUGCAUGCCAAGAAUCUGGCUGUCCAAUUCGUCAUUGAGAAUAGUCGAGUCAUUUUCUCGGAGGCUUAA